AUGUCGACCCUCGAACCUAUCAAGCUAUACUGGAGAAACCAGGUCCCCAACCCCUCCAAAGUCCUCAUCAUCCUCGAGGAACUCAACCUCCCCUACGAAACCGUAUGGGUCGAGCUAGACGGCCUCAAGCAACAACCCUUCACCGACGUAAACCCCAACGGACGCGUCCCAGCCAUAAUCGACCCCAACACAGGCCUCACCCUCUGGGAAUCCGGCGCCAUCGUCCAGUAUCUCAUCGACACCUACGACAAGGACCGCAAAAUCUCCUUCGACUCCGCCCCCGAAAAGUACCAGCAGGUCCAGUGGUCCUACUUCCAAGCUUCAGGCCAGGGCCCGUACUUUGGGCAGGCCGCGUGGUUCAACAUCUUCCACGAAAAGGUCUACGGCGAGUCCCCCGAGUCGGCCAAGGUGCGGUAUGGUCAGGAACUCAAGCGCGUCGCGGGCGUUCUGGAUACGGUUCUGAGCAAGCAGGAGUGGCUGGUUGGGGAUAAGUGCACGUAUGCGGAUUUGGCGUUUGUCAUGUGGAAUAUGCAGAUUGCUUUCUUCAUGGCGGGUCGCGAGGGCGAGUAUGCCUGGCGCCCCGAGGAGUACCCGCAUUUCACACGGUGGCAGAAUGCCAUGUUGGCGCGGCCUUCUUUGCAAAGAGUUAUCUCGGUUCUGGGCGAGCAGGAGGUUAAGAGCGCGUAA